CACAGAUCUCACUUGUCUUUCAAAUCCAGCUCACGUUUUUUGCUUUCAAUCUGAGUAACCCAUACCCCAUAGAUGGAUUAGCCCAUGAACUUCUUAUACCCUUUUCCCUCAAAAAUCUCCCACUUCUUCAAUUCAAAAACCCCCAUUUUCAUCACAGCAAUCGCAUUCUUCGCUCGCUCUGUUAUCCCCAUUCCGAAAUCUCUACUUUGCAUUAGACUGAGCAACUUCUCAGCAACGCCAUUGCCGGAGAAAAAUCCUGCGCAAAAUGAGCUCGCAAAGAUCUGCCAAGCCCACAAAGCCGCCUAACCAAACAACCCCAUCAAGAUCAUCCUCCGCUUCUUCUUCCUCUUCCGUGUCAUCCCAUUUAGCCAUGAUUGAAUUGAAGCAGCGAAUCCUCACUUCCCUCUCCAAACUCGCCGACCGUGACACGCAUCAGAUCGCUGUAGAAGACCUUGAGAAGAUUAUCCAAUCCCUGUCGAACGACGGCGUCUCCAUGCUCCUCAACUGCCUUUACGACGCUGUCAAUGACCCGAAGCCCGCCGUGAAGAAGGAGGGCAUCCGUCUCCUGGCGGCCCUCUGUGCCGCCCACACUGAUCCUGCCGCCACUCAUCUCACUAAAAUUAUUGCCCACAUUGUCAAGAGGCUCAAGGAUUCCGAUUCCCAGGUUAGGGACGCAUGUCGCGAUGCCAUUGGCUCGCUGGCCGGCCUGUACUUGAAGGGCGGUAAUGGCGGGGACGGAGUUGUUUCGCUCUUUGUGAAGCCCUUGUUUGAGGUGAUGAGUGAGAAUAACAAGAGUGCACAAUGUGGGGCGUCAAUGUGUUUGGCUAAGAUGGUGGAAUGCGCCUCCGACCCACCUCUGGCAACGUUUCAGAAACUUUGUCCGAGGGUUUGCAAAUUUUUGAAUAGUCCAAAUUUCUUCGCGAAGGCUUCUUUGUUGCAAGUUGUGUCGAGCUUGUCUCAGGCAGGAGCAAUUUCACCACAAAAUUUGGAACCAUUACUGCAGCGUAUUCAUGAGUGUCUUGGCAGUUCAGACUGGGCAACUCGAAAGGCUGCUGCUGGCGCAUUAAGUUCCUUGGCUUCGAACUUGAGCAACAUAACCCCAGAAGGAGCUACGCCCACGUUGACUGUGCUUGAGGCCUGUCGGUUUGACAAGAUAAAACCUGUGAGAGAGAGUAUGACAGAGGCAUUGCAGCUCUGGAAGAGAAUUGCAGGGAAAGGAGAUGUAUCAUCUACUGAACAUAAAGCUUCAUCUCAUGAUGGUGAGGCUUCUGAACCUGCUGGUUCAUCUGAUAGAAAGGAUCUUCCUAAUCUUGGUGAGAAAGGAAGUGAAAAAUCAGAGAAGAACUCAUCCAGUGGAUCGUCUCCCACUGAUUCUAAUACGAAAGGCAAUGGAAACAACAUUUCUGAUGAGGCAGUUGGGAUAUUAAGGAAGAAGGUACCACCAGCAUUAACUGACAAAGAAUUGAACCCUGAGUUCUUCCAUAAACUAGAAACAAGAGGUUCAGGUGAUUUGCCUGUAGAAGUGGUUGUCCCUCGCCGAUAUGCUAAUCCUUCACAUUCCCAAAACGAAAAAGACCCAGAGACAAAUGAUACAGAUCCAAGUAGGACUAUGCUAAACGGCCAGGCUCAGGGAUAUGAGAGCAUUAAGAAGGGAACUAUUGGUGAUAGGAUCGAUCCUAAUCAGAGAGAGUUUUCCGGCGUUUAUGCAGAUUUUUCUAGAAAUGAAUCUGAUGGAUUAGUGAAUAACAAAGGAAAUUGGUUGGCUAUUCAGAGGCAACUAUUACAACUGGAGAGGCAACAGGCUCAUCUCAUGAAUAUGUUGCAGGAUUUUAUGGGUGGGUCUCAUGAUAGCAUGGUGACCCUAGAAAGCAGAGUUCGGGGGCUUGAGAGAGUUGUUGAAGACAUGGCCAGAGAUUUGUCAAUAUCAACCGGUAGGAGGGGUGGUAGUUUCAUGGCUGGAUUUGAGGGAUCUUCAAACAGGCCUCUCAGCAAGUACAGUGGCUUCCCUGACUAUUCAGGUGCUAAAUCAGGGAGAGGAAAUGAUGGUCGCAUUCACUUCGGGGAGAGGUUUGCAGCAUUUGAUGGUGUUGCUUCAGGCAUGAGGGGUAGGGGCCCUUCUUGGAGAUCUGACGCAUCAGAUGCUUGGGACUUCCAUCCAUAUUCUAAAAAUGGGCAAAUGGGCUCAAGGAGAACUGCAGGUGCUGGUACUAUGGAUAUUAGGUCCUCUAAAUCAGAUAAUGAGGCUGAUCAGGUAGGAAGCAGGAGAGCUUGGGAAAAAGGAGGUGGACCUGUUAGGUUUGGUGAGGGACCUUCUGCAAGAAGUGUUUGGCAAGCUUCAAAGGAUGAAGCAACCUUGGAAGCUAUUCGAGUAGCUGGUGAAGACAAUGGAGUUGCUCGUAAUGCUCGAGUAGCUAUACCGGAGAUGACAGCUGAAGCAUUAGGAGAUAAUGGAUCAGUACCAGAGCGUGACCCCGUUUGGACUUCUUGGAGCAACGCAAUGGAUGCACUUCAUGUUGGUGAUAUGGAUUCAGCUUUUGCUGAAGUUUUGUCUACUGGGGAUGAUCUCUUGCUUGUAAAACUUAUGGACAAAGCAGGCCCCAUAAUCGAUCAACUGUCAGAUGAAGUAGCUACCGAGGUUUUGCAUGCUGUUUCACAGUUGCUUAUGGAGCAGAAUUUCUUUGAAAUGUGCUUAUAUUGGGUUCAACAGUUGGCAGAUAUAGUUAUGGAAAAUGGCCCUGAUGUCCUGGGAAUUCCUAUGGAAGUAAAAACUGAGAUUUUAGAGAAUUUACACGAAGCUGCUUCUUCAUUAGAACUAACAGAGGAAUGGGACGGAUCCCCUCCAGACCAACUGCUACUGCAGCUGGCAUCAGCCUGGGAAAUUGAUCCGCAACAUCUCGGGAAAUAGCUCUGGAAACAAACUUUUUUGCUUGGUGUGGAGUGGAUAUAUUAGAUAUUUUGUAUCUACAGAUUGAAGGUCAAACCUCUAUGUAAGAACAGUUUACCACAUGUAUACUAUGAUUACAAUAUGACGGGGUGUUGAGUGUUGCAUUAGUCUUCACUCAUAAUAUUGGGAUUCAGAGUU